CUUGGAAAUCUAGAGAAGUUGUAACCGAACUUCGAUUUAUGUCUUAGCCAAGUCCGACUCAGCUGAAAUCUGUUUAAAAAAUAUGGGCCUCAGAGUUCCAAUUUCUGUUCCUGUUCUACCUAUCUGUAUAAAGUGCAACGUGGUGCAAGGUAUAUGCAUUUUCAACGAACGCACCUUUCAACAAAUUUUUUUCGGAUGAAUGAUGAAUGUCAGGUGUCAUCUGUCAAGCUUGUCAUUGUCAACAAAGGUCCUGUUUGUGGCUGUAAUCCUGUUUAUUUAUGGGCUGGUUUCCCUUUUAAGUCAGAUGCUACUGGAGACGAGUUUCCUUUUAACAGGCGAGGCUCUAGAGAUGCAAACUUACAGUCGACACUAGAUGACAUUGCACAACGACAUCCAAAAUUUGCUAAACAUUUAACUAAUUUGAAAAAACCUUUUGGAGAUCAUUCGAGAUUUCCAUUUGAAGAGGAUGAUAUAGAUUUGGAUCAAUACAUUAAACAAUUCUAUAAUUCUCAAGGUUUGGAUAAUCCAGAAGAGUUUUAUCCUCGAGCAAGCUCACAUCAAGAGCAACCAAAACAAAAUAAUUCAACUUCACCACCUUCUGAUUUUCAACCAUCUAAGGCUCAACAAGACUGUUCAAAGCAACCCAAAACAGUAGAAAAAGAAGUGAAUUCGAAUCUUCAACAGAGCAGCACUACAGAUUUAGGUCAAAGACAAGAACCUAUUGAUGACAGAAAUCAGAGAUCUUCAUCAGCACCACCUGGAGGUGAUACAAAGAAAAGAUUUACCUCUAGUAUUAACAUACCAAUAAACACCCCUCCAGAAAAUAUGGCCCAACCAAAUCCAAAUCAACACCAGGAUUCAAAACCUGUAGAGAGAAUUAUUCCAAUUCAGAUGGAAGGUCGAGAUGGCCCAAUUAUUCCUAAAAAUACUCACAUACCACAACAAAACCAACCAGCUCAGGCGAGACAUGAACAAUCCUUUCCUAGGCGAGGUUUUUCAGAUGAACAGUUUAGCAGACAAGGUUUCCCAGAGGAACACUUUAGCAGACACAAUGUACCAUCACAAUUUUCCAGAGAAGAAAUACCCAUACCCGUUCAAAAAGACACUUCCAAAACUCAACAACAAUCAUCUCAACAGCAUACACAUCAAGAACAAGAACCAAGAUCAGAACCUCCAAAAGUAUCCACUCCUAUCCAGCAAAUUCAGAUGAUUAAAGAAGAUGUUUCUAAGUUAAUGGAACAAGUGGAACAGUUUACUGGAAAAACUAAGGAUAAACAGUAUAUAUACUUGGAUGAAAUGCUGACUAGGAAUUUAUUGAAACUAGAUGACAUUGAUACUCAAGGUCAGGAAAACAUUCGUGUUACUAGAAAAGAAGCAAUAAAAUGCAUCCAAGCUGCGAUAUCUUUAUUAGAAACUAAAGCAACAGGAAAUGUAAGCACUAAAACUGAGGUUGACCAACAACAACAACAACAACAACAACCUGAAAAAAGUAACUCAAAACAAGAUGAUUUGCAAAAGAUGGAUACCGAAUCCUCUAAUGAACCCAGUGAAAAAAUGGAUACCGCCGAAACUAAAGAUGAAGCACUAAAUUCCGAAACCUGUCAAGAGACGAGAGCAGUUUUAGUUAGUAAUCCUCAAAAUAACGACGAAUCUAACGCUAGCGGUAAUUUAUCUGAUAAUAGUGACGGUCAGGAAUCAAACGAGAAGAAACUACCGCAAUAGUCUUAAAUUACUUUUAUAUAUGCAAAAUUAAUGCUUCGUAUUAACCAGUCUAAUGCUUUCACGAAAUAUUUUAUUUUACCACAGAUUUAGUGAGACUGAAUUGUUAUCUUGUAGCUUAAACUGCAUUAUAAAUUUUACAGUCCAUUUGAUUAAUAUUUUUAACAUCUGUGUAAAUAUUUUAUUUAGGUCCAGUACAAUGACUGUGAUUGUUUAGAUUUCUCGUGUUUUAAUUUGUUGUCUGUA